CUCAACGUAGCACGAAACGUGUCUUCCCUGCAAAGACACACACUAACGUAAAACGUGCUAGAUAUUCCUGCUAUUGAAAGUUUGCUUUUGUUGCCUUGAGAUUGUUUCGAUAUUUUACUAUGUAUAUUAAAGCAUUUUUGCUCGUAAAACGCAGUAUUUAUUAGCUAAGAGCAGCCGCCUGGGUUUCUGCUGAAGAGAGUCCGCUCCUCCUCCUCCCUCGAUGAAGCGCUGCGAUGCCCUCUGAUUUUAUAUCCCUCCUUAGCUCGGAUAUCGACCUCAAUUCCCCCAAAUCUCUAUACUCUAAAGAAACUAAUGCAUCUUCUCCUGAUCACUCUUUAUGGCAGAGUCGGUAUAUGACCUCCUCCCCAAAGAGCUCCAGCUCCAGCCGUCGUCCAGCCAAACAGACCCGCCCACCAUGAGCCAAAAGAGUGGGGGAGAGGCGGGACCUCCCCCCUCUGCAGCCGUGGCUUCAGAUGCCACCUCUUCCACCUCCAGCCCCCCUGCCUCUUCUGUGGCCAUGGGAGUUCUGUCCAGUGGUCCCUCUACCUCAUCCUCAGACCAUCUCACAUUUGCUCAGCAUCUCCACUCCACUGGAGGGGAUGGAGCUGGAACUUCAGAGAUCCAAGGUAUGGAGGCUGCUGGAUCUGCCCCAGCUGGAGGCAACAAUGGAGCAAAUACCACGGCAGGCGACGUAGGGUCCGGAGUGUUAUCAGGGCUAGGUGUACAGCAACAUCAGAGCACCCCAUCAAAACGAAGGACAGUACUGAGCAUAUCUCCGCCACCUGAGGACCUAUUUGACGACAGCCAAAUGUCUUGCCAAGAGGAGCCUACCUUGUCUGGUGCACCAGGUCCAGACUCGGAGCAUAGCAGCAGUAUGUGGGCUGAUGACUCCGUAUCCAACUUCAGCUUGAUCAGCUCCAUCUCCUACAACGACAACACAGAGGUGCCACGCAAAUCUAGAAAACGCACCCCUCGCCAGCGGCCUGGCCCCAAGGCUGUUCCUCCAGAAGACAGCAUGGAUGUGUUUGAUGCUGACAGCGCCAAGGCUCCUCAUUUUGUCCUAUCACAGCUAAGCACCGAAAAGAGCAGCUCCAUUGAGUCAGGUACUGCAGUGAAAGGGGGAUCACUGUCUGCUCAGUUCCCCCAGAGAAGUGAUGGAAAGGACCUAAAGAUCCUGGUUCAGCCUGAGACCCAGCACAGAGCCCGCUAUCUGACCGAGGGCAGCAGAGGUUCUGUUAAAGAUCGUACACAGCAGGGAUUCCCCACUGUCAAGUUGGAAGGCGUUAGUGAACCAGUCGUGUUGCAGGUGUUUGUCGCAAAUGACGCAGGCAGAGUGAAGCCUCACGGUUUCUACCAGGCGUGCAGAGUGACGGGACGCAACACCACCGCCUGCAAGGAGGUCGACAUAGAGGGCACCACGGUUAUAGAGAUCCAUCUAGAGCCCAGCAAUGACAUGACACUUGCUGUAGACUGUGUAGGCAUUCUGAAGCUGCGUAAUGCAGAUGUUGAAGCCCGUAUAGGUGUGGCAGGAUCCAAGAAAAAGAGUACACGUGCCAGGUUGGCCUUCAGAGUAAACAUCCCCCAACCUGAUGGAUCAGUGCUUAUUUUACAAGUCGCCUCAUCACCCAUCCUCUGCACCCAGCCAGCUGGACUACCGGAGAUCCUGAAGAAGAGUCUUCACAGCUGCUCAGUGAGGGGAGGCGAGGAGGUCUUUAUAAUCGGGAAGAACUUCCUCAAAGGAACUAAAGUUAUAUUUCAGGAGAACAGUGCAGAUGAUAAUUCCUGGCAAGCAGAGGCAAAGAUUGACAUGGACCUUUUCCAUCAGAACCAUUUGAUAGUGACAGUCCCUCCAUUCCACAGCCAGUCCAUCACUUCUCCUGUGCCUGUGGGAAUCUUUGUAAUGACCAAUGCUGGUAGAUCACAUGAAGCCCAGCCCUUCACUUAUACUCCUGACUCAGCUGAUAAUUCAAAUGUCCAGACAAUAAAAACAGAAGGGUCGCCGCUGGUCAAGACCUGUAUAUUUGAUGGCCAGAUCAAAUCUUUAUCGUCUGAGCAAACUGACUGCUCUGGCCAGCCUUCCAAACGGCAAGAGGACACACCCAUGGAAGUGUCUAGCAAUCCUCAACCUGCGGAUGUCUUCAAACCCUCUCCUGACCCGCUGAUCUCGGUGCAGCAGACCCUGGAUCUCAACUCUAGUCCGCAUUCAAGUGGAGAGUCUUUUCAGAGCCCAAUGCCCCUACAGCCUGAGGAUGUGGAGCUUCCCCAAGCACCCCCCGUCUUCCCUAGCCUAGAGUCUCUCAGCACCAUACAAAAACAAGACAUGGCCUCCACAACUUCAUUCCCAGUGUCGGGAGAUACCACGAUCCCUCCUGUAACACCAGAAGUCCCGCAGCAGUUCCUCAGAGACCCCCAGGAAAGCUUGCCCCCUGAGAGUUCGGAUAAUAGUGGAAGGCUUAUGGUUGUAACCAUGCCUCAAAUAGCAGCGCCCACUCAGCAACAGCAACAACAGUCACCAGUUGCCCUCUUUCCUCAGGAAGGAGUGGCCCAACUGGAGAGAGCAGUAAGGGAACUCCAGGCUGGAGGUAACACCACCCUCCAGCAGGUGUUGGAGGCAGCUGUAGCACAGCAACAGCUUAACUCUGUGCUUUAUAGCCCCACGCCCUCCGCAGACUCCCUUCAGCAGCAUGUCCAGGAGAACAUGAACAGCCUUAGGUUGGGAACCACAGAUUCCCUGUCACCGCAGCAACAGCUUCAAAUGCAACAACAGCAGCAACAACAGAUACAGCAGCAAUUUCAACAUCAGCAAUUGCAGCAUCAACAACAACAAAUCCUUGAAAACCUUCAGCAGCAGCAGCAACAGCAGCAGCAACAACAGCAGCAACAGCAGCAGCAGCAGCAGCAAGUCCUUAGCAACAUACAGAUCCAACAACAACUUAUAUUACAGCCACAGGACCAACAGCAACUGCAGCAACAGCAAAUAAUGGAGAAUAUUCAACAACAGCAACAACAGCUGCAACAAAAUCAGCAACAGCAAGUCCUUAACAACAUCCAACUCCAGGAUCAGCAGCAACAAAAUCAAAUUCUUACAAAUUUACAACAACAUCAACUACAACAGCAACAGCAGCAGAAUCAAGCAUUGAGCACCCUACAACAGCAGCAACUGCAAGAGCAGCAGGUGUUAGAGAAUUUGCAGAAGCAGCUACAAGCUGAAUUGCUCCAGCCCCAGAUGCACUCCUCCACUCAAGCACAGCAGCCAGUGUCCCUCCUGCAGCAAGCUGGGGAGCUCCUCACCAUCCAGACCAGUUUCCCAACGCAGCCUCCCUCCCACACGUCUCCCCCACAGCAACUCUUCCAGUCACCCAGGCCCCUGGCUGAGACACAGGGCUCCCAACAGCAGGUCCAGGCGGCCCUUCUGCAGAAUACACUGACUGUUCUCACUAGUGGUAGUCUGAGUUCUGAACAGCAGUCCACAAGGUCAAACCUAUAUAUGCCCUCAAACCCCCAGCCCCAGCAGCCACAGCAACUGGCAUUCAUCUCCUCCAUGGAGACAUCUACCAGCCAGCCUCAGUCAGUGUCAAUGUUUCAGAACCAACCACAAGCUCAGCUUUCCCAGAUGCAGCAUCAGACCACCCCGAUGGAGCAGCAGCAAUCUCCACAACAGAACCAACAGCAGCCACAGCAGCUUCCGCUGGGCCAACAGGGCUCUUUAUUCCAAACCAUUUCAAACCCUUCACAAGCCAACUCUGUUCCCCAAAACCAAAUCUCACAGCCACAACAAACCGGAUUGCUUCUAUGUACCACGGAUCUUAACCCGCAGGCUAUUCUCUUCAGCACCCAAACACAAGGUCCUCCUUCCGUGGGAAGUAUUAGUGUCGGAAUCUCCCAGACAGACUCGGCAGAGCCCAUGUCUUUCCAAGACCAGAGCUCACCAGGGAGCAACUCGGCGUCCAGUGAGAACCAACAGCAAAGCUUAUUCCAGGAACAGCAGCCAAUGCAGGUCACUCCAAGCUCAAACCAAGUCCCGGGCAGUCAACCUGUGAAGCUGUUCAUACCACAGACAUCUCUCUCCAGCUUGCAGAGCACUAUUGGCUCACAAGAGUUGAACAACCAGGCUCCAACCCCUGCUGCAACCAUCUUUGUGGUCCAGGGUGGUGUAGGUGUGGUGGCCAGCCCUGGCCAGCAGCCCCCGGAGCAGCUUUUUCAGACAACAGUGGGUGGCAGUGUGGCUCCACAAGGACAGACCAACCUGUUUGUAUUUGGCAUCCAAAAUGACUCAUCACAGCUGCUCAAUUCUUCUGGAGCCGCCCUGCCAGCCCAGAACCAGGCGCAGAACUCCAGUCACAUGCAGCCUCUGUUGGAUCAGCCCAUGCCUCAAGCUGCUUCCACCAUGCACAGCAACUUGCAAAACACCCUUCAGGCACAAAUGCAGACCAGCCUAGAGAAUGUGAUGCAGUCAAACACACAAACAGCCCUGCAGACCAAUUUACAGGCAUCUAUAGAAACAAGUCUAGCGACUCCAAUGCAGACCAAUCUACAGACACAGAUACAGAGCAGCUUACAGAAUCAGUUGCAGGCAAAUAUAUCUGCAACAUCAAGCAUGGAUAAAAUCGAGGACCUACUGGAAAGCCUGCAGAAGCAGUGAGUAAUGUUAGGACCAUUUGGGUGAUGAAAAGAGUAAGUGAUAUGUAGCUGAAAGUUACACUUCCUAAAAUCAACAAACAUAAAGGCGGUGGCUUUGUUUUUCUGUUUGUAUUUGUUUUCUUUCCUUUUUUAUGUGCCAAUGUCACAAGACUUAGAAAAGCUAAAAUAUUUAAAAACGAAAUCCCCUUUUACUAAAGGAAACCCCCAAUCCCAAGCCCAUGUAACACUGUUUUUAUAAGAUAUUUAUCAUUAAUUAGAGCCUCCAUCCUUGAAUUGAUGAACUCACCCCUGUUAUUACCCCUCUUGCAGGAUCAGAGAGGCCUGUAAUAACUGCUUUAUCCAUUAGUCUUGAUAAUGUAAUGUUUUGUUGUUUUAAAAUGUGAGCCUAAGAGAUGGUGGUGAUUUAAAAAAAAUAAAAAACCUACCAGGUUUGGUGGAGAAAUCAGAAAGGGAUAAAGAAUGUCAGCGACAGGAGAACCUGAUGCAGAGAAGUCUGUAAAAACCAGACUACUCUGAGUAGAUAAAACGGACAGCUAUAGGGUGACUCCCAGAUUGCACAGAAGUAUAACAUGUAGGCGGAAUCUCGUUUCGUGUAUGUGUAAAUGGAAAGCUUCCACUUCCUGUUUGAGGAGAGGAGGCUGUGACUUGGGUUAUUGUCAUUUUAUGACCUGGAGCGAAAGUUGAAACGAGAGAUUAACUGUCAUGGAAACGGGGAUGAAAAUCUUGUUGUAACCACUCGAUUUAAGCUUCUUUUGCCAUGGAGAAUACUCACAUUCUUGCAAUUAAUCAAACCUUGUGUUUGCGCAUGUCAACACAUUCUGUAAAAUCUACUCUAAGAGUACAGAUGAUUAAAUGUUGAAUUAUUUGUAGAAUAAUGGGAUGUUCUGUAGAAUAUAUCCUGGUAUGGCUGGAGUCUGCACAUGAAGUCUCUCUCAGAGGGAGGAUAGUUAAAUGGUGCUAUCAGCUCCAUUCCGCAAAAAUAAAAUGCCCAAUAAAACAAAAUAUCAAAAUAACUGGCUGGUGCAAGACAUUUCCCCAAGUGCAAAAAGAGAGAGGGAUAUUACACACUCCCAAAUGAGGUUCAUUCUAGCAAAUAAUAUGACUUGGCCUGUGUUUUGGCAACUCCCAGUGUUUUCCUGUUAUUAGGCCUGAUCACCGGGAAUGCAGAAUCUUUCUUGCUAAAAAAAAGAAAUUUAAAUAGCGUUCAGUUAUGUAGUCUGUUCAUCUUUUUUUUUUUCUUUUUUUUUUUCAUUUAAAUAAGUUGGUAACCUUUACCAAUUAUUUUGUGUGGAUAGAAAGUUUCCACUUGUGAAAAUGGUGUGUUGUGUGGUUUUUAUAAACAUUUUAUCUCAAGCACUUUAUAUCCUCUUUUAUGUAACCUGCUACUCCUUAUAUCCGUCCACAGCUCUGUAAUGAACUAGCUGAAUUUGUACUCGUCCAAUUAAAAUACUAGGAAGAAAAAAAAGAGAAAAAACAAAGCAGUUUGUAUCGGUAAAUGCAUCAUAACCAAGCAUUUUUACAUUUUAUCACAACAGAAUACUUUUGAGGUCUAGACUAUGUACAGAAUGUCAGCUCACUGUUGAAUCCCUCCUUGUGUGCAGUCUCAGCAGUCCAGUCGAGUCUGUCCAAAAAGCCAUUCCCACAAAAGCAUUGUCGUUUUUCAGUGUUUGAGUGGCAAGUAGGCCUUUGUGUUUUACACUGAGAUAUCUAAAAUACUCGAAUGAAGGAUUUUCAGUUUUUGUCGUUUUUUUUUUUUUUUUCUGUUCAUAUCAAUUCCUAUUCAGUCCAUCACUGGGGAUGGUUUGUCUUGUUAAGUUUAGUCUCAGUGUUGGUAGUGUGUUCAGGUUGGCACCAGAUGAUGUUGGAGUACAGUACUUUUCCCUUUUGUUGUGAACAUAGGCUCGCUGGUUAGUGAAAACCGUUACAUAGAGGCCGUCGUUUCUGUUCUUUGUAUGGUGCUAUGUACAGGAGUGAUCGGCGCGUCUGCUGUGAUAUUAGAACACAGCUAUUUCUAUUACCAGUGGGACUGGCAUUACUUGUUAGUUUUGCAGUAAAAUUGAGUCAGCAGAGCUGGCUGCUCUUGUGGGGUCAGACUGGGGUGCACCCAGGCGAACCAAAGCUCCUGUUGUGAUUGUCACCAUUGUCUCAUACUCGUCCUUGCAAAUGUCCUCAUAAUGUUUACUCAUUUGUACUAAAUUAUGCAGCUGUCACAUGGAUUGCAAUUCAGUGCGUUUUACAAGAUUUAUAAAAGGCAUGUUAAGGUACUUUGUUUCAUGGAUCAGUUUAUCUCUCCCUAACAUUUCCACUAAUUUGAUACUUCAGUCUAUUUUGAUGUAGAAUUACACUGUACUUUCCAUAUCCAACAGCAUUGGCGUUAUCAAAAAUCAUUUUUAUUUUUUUUAUUAUUAUUAUUAUUUCAGAAUAAUUCAGAUGUUAGUAUAGCAUCACUCAUAACUGCAUUGGUUUACAUUUUCAUAGUUCUACUCUUUUUUGUCCUGGAUCUGUUAGCAAUCCAUUUUAAAAUAACUUAUCUUUUUUAGAAUUUUGUAUCCAUGUAUCAAAGUGUAGAGUAUUUUUGUAAAACUAAGCUUUUUGGUUUAUGCUCAUAGCACAGAAAUUAUCGUUGCCCGUGUUUUUAAUUUAGAUGAAACACAGGUUUGUUGUCAAGUGUAUGACUGAAAUUAGAAGCAUAAGCAAGUGAACAUAAAGCAAAUAUGUUAGAAGUUAAUUCUAUCAUUCUGACAUUGGGUUUACCCAAACUGUAAAACGCAGUCUAUGGAUCAGAUUUCUUGUUGUUGUUUUUUUUGUUAAGUUUUUUUUUUAUGUCAUGCAUCUCAAACAGCACUUUGACUUAUCCAUUAACUGUAGAUAUGGUUAGAGUGCAGUCGACACGUUUCCAAGCAUUCCGUUCCUCUUGGUUAGGGGAGAUUAAGAGCACAUGACGUUGCAGAAGAGCAGAACAGCUAUGCCUCUUAAAGCCAUACCGACACAGAGAGCCAACCUGUGACUUCAGUUUCAUGAAUGUAAAUUUUACCUCGUGGUGUGGACGCAGAGCUUGAUCUACAUCUGGCAUCGGACCAAUUCCAGUUUUCGAGAUGGUAUGUUUAGAGGCAAAAAAGAUGGGUGGGGUGGCUUACGCUGUCACUUGUGUCUCUUUGCAUUUGUUAACUUGUUUUGUCUUGGAUUGUGGUUUAAAUUCAUGCCCUGCCCUUUUGUUUUGACUGAUCCAGUGUGCUCAGUCUGACUCUUUUUAAUAGCCACUUCUGCCUGAGGGGAAAGAAAAGACAAAAAAAAACAUCAUCUUGUUGGAUAUUGAUUUAUUUGUGGCGAAGAGAGCACAGAAAUCUUUGCCUAAUAUCAUUUUUGUCCUUUAGUCAUGUAAAUGAAUAUCCAUGUAUAUUUAAAUGUGAAAUAUACUGCAGGGGUAUCUUGAAUUUCAAUUGUGAUGCUUUCAACAGAACUUUGUGUGCCUUGAUAACUUAACCGUUGCUCUGCUGUGUUUACUGGUGUCCCUUUUGUGUCAUUGCUCCUUGUCCUUUUAUCCUCUUGGACCGUGUAACAUCAGGACACUUCAGCAGUUGGAUUUAGAGUCCUCAACACAAGCAUAAGCAUAGCUCAUACUUAUAUAUUUUAGUGUUAACAUUUUUCUCAAUCCAGUACAAGAUAUUGGUGACUACUGUUGACACUUUGUGCAGCUUCACCAGUGAAUUGUCACCUUGUUUUAGUGUUAUACUGAAAAUGUUUUUCUUGCCUCAUGAGAUUUGUACAUGUGAGGUAAAAGGGACGAGAUAUUGAUGAUUGUUUUAUGGAGAACUUUCUUGUGUUGAUGUGCUUGUCAGCAUUAAUGUUGCUGUGAAAUGCUUGAUCAAAAGGGGCAACCAUGAUAAUUAACUGUUAUUUGCCAAUAGUGUGAGCUAUAUCUUGUGUGUGAUCAGUUUGCUCACUUUUCUUAGUUCGCUUUUUUCCACAUCUUCCGACAGUUCUGUUGUAUCAGUUUUUGUGUAGCUUGAGCUUUAGUAUCUAGCCUUAAGACCCUGCAGUAGGGAUAAAGGUCAACCCCAGCGUGUUAUACAUCUGAACUAUUAUUAAUGUACUUUGCCUUUGUCUGGACAUUUGUAUAUUCUUCUGUUUAUAUCUGUACUACCGCUGCUACAUUAAAUGAAUUAAUGAAAA